GCUUUGACAUUACGAAUUCGGCGGUUGUCCCAUCCGGCCGUCCGAUACCGCGUGUGUGCCCAGUGAUUUAGUUUCCAACACGCAUCGAGCAUAAUAAACAAACAGAAUGAAAUUCACGAUUCCGUUAGUCGCUCUGCUGAGCAUUACGACAUCCUGGGCUAAAAAAGAACAGAUGGUGGACGAAGCGAAAGACAAGAGAGAAGCGGCAGUCGGAUAUCCUUCAGGGUCACACAGUUACCAGGCUCCGUCGCUGAGCAACGAAGGCGCCAGCUCUAUCAGCAUUGGGGCCGGCUACAGCGUCGGUGGAGCUAAACCUGGCUUCUCCAGCUAUGAAGGACAAGGAUUUAGUGGAGCUCAUUCACUCCCAGCCGAGAGCUUGCCAGCCAGUGGCCACGCGACCAUCCAGCUCGCACCUAUCACACUUCAGCCAAGUCAUGGUGGUCUAGUAGGAACCGACCUUAAUCAGUUGAUGAGCCAGCUUCAGCAUCAAUUGAACUCGGGUGCUUUGAGCCUGCAGACACCGGAAAACUAUGGAGGCUCGAUCCAAUCGGAGGGUCAUGACGGCUACAAUUUCCAAGAGCAAGCUGUCCCACAGUAUACAUUCUCGGCACCUAAACAACAAUACAGUAUUGCUGAACAGCAACCUCAACCCAGCAUACCUUCGUACGCCGCCGGUACAAAAGGUCUCGGUUCCUACAGUUCUACAGGCCCUGUCUUGUUCAAUCCUUCAGAAGCUAAACAAACGAACGCCCCUUCCUUCAACUACGCUGCUCCCAAUGCUGGCCACUCCUUCGGUGGACAUAGUUUAGGUAGUGCUGCCCAAUAUUUCUCUGGUGGCUCUGGAUCUAUUGGUGAAUCUCUUAGUGGUGGACACUCUUUAAGUGGCCCUUACAAAUCUUUCGGAAACAGCUACGCGCCCUCUGGAAAGAACACUUUUAAACCUUCAGCGUACAUAGGCUCUUCAGUUCAAGCUGACCCAAGCCACGGUAUUCCAGCUCUAUCAGGUUCCUAUGGCACGCCUUCUUACAGCAGUGCCCCUUCUCUAUCUGGAAGCCAUGGUGCCCUUUCUCUUGGUUCUGCGAGCCAUGGCAUCAGUUUGGGCUCCGGUCAUUCUCUGGGCUCCAGUCUUAGCGGACACUCAUUAGGAUCAAACAGCCUCGGUGGUCAUUCUCUUGGAUCCAGUAGCUUCGGUGGACACUCUUUGAGUUCCGGAAGUCUCGGUGGUCAUUCUCUAAGUUCUGGUGGUCAUGGUAUUUCACUAGGUUCUGGGGGCCUUUCUCUCUCCUCCGGAGGUCAUGGUAGUCACGGUGCUUUAUCUCUAGGAUCAGGCGGACUCGGGGCGAGUUUUGGAGGAUCUCAUGGCGGUUUUGGCGGCGGCUCAUCUAAGUACAUUUCUAAUGCUUACCUUCCAGCUAAAGACAGCUUCGGAUCUCUGUCCUCACAUUCUUCCGGUCUCUAUGCACCACCUGCUACUAAUUACGGUAUUCCUAACUCAGUUCAUUCCGCGUCCUCUCACAGCCCUCAGUACUACAAGUCUCAACCAUCCUACAACUUCGGAGCCGGUAGCUCGUCGUAUAGAUCCCCCUCAAGCAGCAGCAGCUCCUUAAAAUCUUACCCCAAAUUUAGCACUGGUGGAUAUAGCAGCCUUAGCUCACUGUACGGAUCUCCUAAAGAUCCUCUUCAAGGUGCCUAUAGUGAGAAUACUUAUAACACUAUAAAAUAUAGCGAGGAAUUAAAAGCCAUGCCUCAGUAGGUAAAUCGGAUCUCUUUGGAGGGAUUUUUGUAAAUAGUGAGAUUGUGUGAGUUUGCGCGUGUUCUGUGAUGUAGGGCCUGUUGCCCAGAGAAAUCGUUUUCAUUGGUAUGGUAUUUGUUCCGCUAAUUACUUACUUGUUACGACCAGUGCGGGUGUCCGCACG